AUGGGGUGUGGUUGGGUUGGAAAGGGUGGUUUUGGGUUGUGUGGUUGGUAUUGGUAUGUUUUGUUUUGGUUUGUGGGGGGUUUGGGGGGUGGGGGUUGUGGUGUGUGGGUGUAUUUUGUUUGUGUGGGUAUGGGGGGGUGUGGUGGGGGGUAUUGGGUGGUGGGGGUGGUGUUUGGGGUGGGGGUCUGGGGUUGUGUAGUGUGGGGUUUGGGGUGUGUUAUUGGUUGGGUGGUAAGGUUGUGGGAUGGGUGGGGGUGUGGGGGGGUGUGGGGGGGGGGGGUUGAUUUGGGAUUUAAUGGGUUGAGAAGGAGGGAGAAGGGGGGUGGGGGGGUGUGGGUGGUGGGGUGUGGUGGGGUGUUUUGGAUGUGGUUGGGUGUUGUGGUUGAUAUAGUUAGUGAUGGGGUUGGGUGUGGGUGUGUUGGUUGGGGGUCUGGGUUUGGGGAGUCUGGGUGUGUGGAGGAAUGGGGGGGGGGGUGGGGGUGGUGGUGGUGGAGUGGUGUUUGUUGGAGGUUGUGGGGGGGGGGGGUGGGUGUUGGUGGGGGGUUAGGGGGGUUGGGGGAUUGGGGGGGGGGGGGGGGGGUUGGGGGGGGGGGGAUGAGUGGGGGGUUUAGGAUGGGGUAUUGUGUUUGGUUGGGUGUGAGUGUGUUAGGUGGUUUGGAGUGGUGGUGGGGGGGAUGUGGGGGGGGGGGGGUGGGUUGGGAUGGGGGGUAUUUGGUGGGUGGUGAUGGAUGUGUUUUUUUUGUUGGUGGAUUAUUGGUGUUGGGGUGGGGGGGGGUUGGGAGUGGGUUUGGGGGGGGUGGGGAUAUUUUGAUGGGGUUGUUGGUUGUGUUGUGGGUGGGUAUUGGGGGAGGGUUUUUUGUGUUGUGUUGUUGUUUGGUAGUGAUGUGUGGUUGGGAGGGUGUUGGGUUGUGUGAUGGGGGUUGUGGUUGUUUGGUUUUGGGGGGUAGGUGGUUGUGUGUGGUGGUUUGUUGUGGGGUUUUUUUGUUGGGUGUGGGUUGGGGGGGUGUGGUUAGGGUGUAUUGUGGGGUAUUGGAUAGAUGUAGAGUGUUGUGGGUUGGGGUGUUUGGUAUUGGUGUUUGGGGUUGGUAUGGUGGGUGUGGGGGUGUUGUGGGUAGGGAGGUAGUGGAGUUUGGUUUAGUGGUAGGGAUGUUAGUGGUUGGUGUGGUGGAUUGUGGUGUUGGGGGUGUGUUUGGGGGGGUGUGGGGGGGGGGGGGGGGGGUGGUGGGUGAGGGGUGGGUGGUUGGGGUUUUGGGUGGGGGGUGGGGGGGGGGGGGGGUGGGUUGGGUUUGGGGGGGUGGGGUGUGUGUUUUUGGGGUUGUAGUGGGGUUGGUUGUUGGGUGUGGGUGGGAUGCUUGGAGGGUAGGAGGGGGGGUAGGAGAUGUGGGGAUGUGGGGUUGUGGGUGGGGGGGUAGGGGGGGGGUUGGGGGGGUGGUGAAUGGGGAAUGUUUAUGUAUGGAUUGGAGUGUUUGUGGGUGGGUUGUGGGUUAUGGGGGGGGGUGGGGUGAAGGGGGUUUGUGGGGGGUGAGAGUGGGAGGUGUGGGGGGAUUUGUGGGGUGGGUUGGGAUUGUGAUGUUGGGUGGGUUUUUUGUGGGUUUGUUUGGGGGGGGGUGGUGGUGUGGGGGGGUGGGUGUGGGGUGGUUUUAUGGGUGGUUUUGGGUGGUUUUUUUGGGGUGGGGGGUGUAG